AGUAUCGAAUUGAUGUCAGACCUGACAUGUUAGUACUGAGUUUCUUCAAUAGCAAAAGUCAACAAUUCAUGAUUUCCGUUUAAUGAAUAGAAAAGUACAGAGGUGUUUUUACGCAGUUUGAUGGUGCACUACCACGUGGAUAUGGCGAAGAGUGACAUCACACUGUUUAUAUUAUGCUGCAUAUUAAAACUUGUUCACUUUCAAUUAAUUCCGUCCAAUCCUUGCCCAAAUAUUUUUCGGUACCAACAGACUGAUGGAGUAGUGCAUGGACGAGUGGAAUUUACGAACGACGGUAGUGGAGUUUAUGCACUAAGUGUCAAUAUGUCUGUAGCGGUUUUCGUUAGUAAUGACAAGAAUAUUCGUCUUCACUUACUGACUUCGCCAAAUGACGUCGCAAAUGGCGCUCCUCUCGUUUACAACGUCUACUUUCCAAUAGAAAAUGCAAUACCGAAACCAACCAAAAUCGUUUUCAAUAACGUAGUUUAUUGCUCAUCGCCUCCAGCGACAUUAAGACCAGGAGGAUACGUGACAAACUUAUGGGCAGACACCUACUUGAAGAUCACUGUGACUUACACAGAAGCACCAAAGUUUCCUGCCCCAUCCUUUACCACCCCACGCCCGUUCAUUAAUUACGAUGAAUGUGGAGUAUCGAAUGUAAAAUUCCGACCACUUGUGACAAACGGCGAUGAAGUCCUCCAAGGACAAUUUCCUUGGUUGGCUGCGAUCAUGUAUAAAGUUAAUGGAGAGUUUAAGUAUAGAUGCUCUGGAACUCUCAUAUCUAAACGUCAUGUGAUUACUGCCGGUCACUGCUUGCAGUAUGGGAAGGUACCGUUGUUUUCGAAGGACGAAGUAAUAGUCGUUCUUGGUAUCACGAGUCUCGAGAAUUGGCGCUCAACGGGAGUGUUGUCGGGAGUGGAAAGUUUCAAAACUCAUACAGAUUUUAAAGAGACCAGUGCAGAUGUAGAUUUUGCCGUAAUAACUCUUGAUACCGAGGUCAAAUUUGGAGAAAAUAUUCGUCGGGCGUGUUUGUGGGAGGAGAGCGAUGAUUUGGAUGUGAUCGUUGGUUUGGAGGGUACGGUUGCCGGAUGGGGUUCGGAAAAUCCGGACGAGGAGUAUGCCAAAGAUUUAAGAAGUAUUAAUCUUCCCAUUGUAUCUCAAGCGGUUUGUUUACGAUCUGAUCCCGGAUUUAAAACGAUUGUAUCUUCAAGAACGUUUUGUGCCGGGAGCAUUAAUGGUAGGGGGAUAUGCACUGGUGAUAGCGGUGCCGGGUUUCUGAUGUUACGAAGCGGACGUUGGGCUCUUAGAGGUGUCACUUCUUUAGCCCUUAAAGAAAACGUUAACUGUGAUCUUGACAAUUAUUCAGUAUUUGCGGAUGUGGCAAAAGUGAAAGCGUGGAUACGAAGUAUGUUAGCGUAAUAUUUUAUUGUGAUUAGGUAGGAAAUGUAAAUAAAUGUUUUGAACUUGA